CAAAGGAAAUUGGAUAAGUAAUGAAAGGACGGGAAGAUCGCUGUACACAAGGAACUGAAGAGAUUUGCUGAAGAAACAGCACAGGUUGUGAUGGGUUGAGCAACCUCCCCUCCUACGUAGUGUGAUGCCCGCUGCGAUGAAGGUGCAGAUGUUUGGUGAGGUGGGGUGGGCAGGAAGGGGCUGAAUUGGUAAUGGUCUGUACGGAGAAGCUGCAGUCUGAGCCGGCAGAGCUGCAGCUGCAGCAGUGCAGAGCGGGGAUCACCACUGCAGCAUCAUCGCAAGGGGACGGAACAGACAGUUCUCCGAGGACAUUGCAGAAGCAGGGAGGAAUGGUCUAGGAUGCUGAAGCUGAAGAUUUUGAACACCAUUGCGCCUUCCUACUUCCUUGCCGUCUCCAUUACCACCCUCAUCCUUCAGAGCUUUGUCUUCAUUCCCACCAUCUUCGCUGAUGACUUCCGCCGACCCUGGUCCCACUGCGGCUUCCAUUUUACCUUCUUCCUCUACGUGUCAGUGAACGUCCUGGGCAACUACUUCCUGAUUCUGUGGUACCCUUCGGAGAGCCUGCGGGGCGGCAGAGUGUCGAGUGAGAGCAGCCCCACACUGCAGCCAGGCAGUCACUUCUGUAAACUCUGCAGUAAGGUCAUCCUGAAGCGAGACCAUCACUGCUUCUUCACCGCCAAUUGUAUAGGCAACAGGAACAUGCGCUACUUCCUCAUGUUCGGCUGGUACACCUCCAUUGUUUGCCUCUACUCCCUGGUGGUAGGUGUGGCCUACCUGAGCAUCGAAUACCAUCUCUCCUUCGAGAAUCCCCUCACCUUCCUCACCCUCCUCCCUCUCUCCUUCUUUCACUUCUUCUUCAGUAUGAUCCCAUCUUUUCAGCUAUUCCUCGUCCUCAUGCUCUACAUCUGGCUGGGCAUCGGACUCACCUGCGCUGGCUUCUGCUGCCAGCAGAUCCUGCUGGUAGCCCGGGGCCGGACCUGGUACCACCUGAAGAAGGGGUUGCCUGCAGUUCGCUGCACUCCAUGGGGGGUUAACCUCCAGGACGUAUUCGGGAAGCGUUGGUUACUGGGAUUCUUCUUCCCAAUUCCAACAGUACAUGUGGAUCCAAAGGAUAAAUAGAACUGAAUUCCCAUCAAUCUUCCUGCUUCCCCAAACCCACUGUGCAGAAUUCUUGAUAAUCUUCCUGCUUCCUCAAACCCACUGUGCAGAAUUCCCAAUGAUCCCCCAGUUUCCUAGGCCCAAUGAUUUGGAUUUAUACAUCACAUGUACUGUAUAUCAAUAUUCAGAAUUUCUCAUGUUUCCUGCCAUUCGAGCUCUUCCAGCCCAAAGAGCUGCACCACCCAAAAACUCACCUACUUAACCCUAGCCGGACAAUUUACAAUGACUAAUUAACCUACUAACUGGAAUAUCUUUGGACUGUGGGGGGAAACCAGAGCAUUCGGAGAAAACCCAAGCGGUCACAGGAAAAUGUACAAAUUCCUUGCAGAAGAUGCAGGAAAUGCACUCUGAACUUCAAUGUCCCAUGUUGUGUUAGCGUUGCACUAACCGCUACACUACAGUGGUGUCCUACUAAUUUAAAUGUUUAAAUACUACUUAAAUUGUACCAAACUAAUUAAAAUUAGCAAUGAAAUGCUCAACUAACUUAUCCCUUGUGCCUAACAUACUUCACUGUCUACUGCGCCACUAGUUUGGGAGUUAUCCUUCACUAUCUACACCACUCCUCAAUCCACCAACGACUCAGGCUCCUGUCUCACCCUCACCCACCCUCUCUCUUUACACUGACCAUCUCCCCUCUACACUCUCAGUCCUGAAACAUCAACCGUCCCAUUCCCAUCACAGAUGCUGACUGAUUUGCUCAUUUCUCCAGCAGACUGUUUCUUGCACAGGUACCUGCACCCCUCCACAUCAACCGUCCCAUUCCCAUCACAGAUGCUGACUGAUUUGCUCAUUUCUCCAGCAGACUGUUCCUUGCACAGGUACCUGCACCCCUC